CAAUGUCAAAUUGUGCGCUGUCAACAUCAUAGUCAUUCUUUUUUACGAUUUUAUCGGUGAAAUCGCUUUGGCAUUGAUGAGGCAAAGAUUGUCGAAGGUGCUUGUUAAUUUUUCGUUCUUUUAUUUAUUUUCGGUUUCUUAACAUGAUUGAAGGUCGCGCCAAUGAAUUACCCGACUUUCAAGUCUUUCAAACAGUAGUAAAAUACUGUUUGGUGAUUAUAAUCGUGCCGGUGGUUUCAUUCUUCGCCGCAAAGAUAGUACUUUUCGAUGGCAUUUUGCGAUUGGAUAUAACUACGAGCAGCGUUUACUCCGCCGUGGUCGCCGUCCUUGUAUUGCAUGUGACUCUGGGUCUCUACAUCUACAAAGCUUAUGGUACAGCGGACACCGCGCCGCCUGCGAAACCAGUCAAGAAGGAUUAA